AGGGCUCGGCCGGAGAGCCACGCCUGGGGCGCUCGCAGCAAUGGCGGCCGGAGAGAUCCAGCAGGGCAGCCGUCUCCAGCAGUUGAACAAACGGGUGAACUUCAUGGAUCCAGGUUUCCAGCAGAAACUGGAAGACGAGAAGGAACUCAUCCGCCGGGCCAUCCAGAAGGAGCUGAAGAUGAAGGAAGGGGCGGAAAACCUGCGGCGGGUGACCACCGACAAGAAGAACCUGGUGCAUGUGGAGAAUGUCUUGAAAUCUUCCAACCGCAAACUGGAGCGGCUACACUGGGAACUGCGAGAGCUCAACGCCCGGAUAGUAGCCACUGAGAAAGAGGAGACGAUAACAGAUGGAAACGUGUCCCCGGAUCCUUGCCUCUGGGAGAGGAACCCAAACCCCGUGGCGAAGAGAAUAGAGGCUCUGAAGAAACAGCUUCACAUCGAACUGAAGGUGAAGCAGGGAGCAGAGAACAUGAUCCAGAUGUAUUCUAGCGCCCCAAAGGAACGGAAGCUGCUGGCCACCGCUCAACAGAUGCUCCAGGACAGCAAGACCAAGAUCGAGCUGAUCCGGAUGCAGAUUGUGAAGGCGUCUCAGUGCCCAGGUGGCGGGGAGGAUGGAGUGGAUCCCGCAGUGAGGAACGGAGGCACCAUCAGCCUGCUGGACCUGCGUCUGGAAGAGCUCCGGCAUCGCCUGCGGAUUGAAACCGCAGUAGCUGAAGGGGCCAAAAACGUGGUGAAAAUUCUGGGCAGCAGGCGUGUGCAGGACCGUAAAGUUUUGGCAGAGGCUCAGGCUUGCUUGCAAGAAUCUGCGCAGAAAAUCGACUUGCUGCGCCUCUCCCUGGAGCAACUUCUGGGCGAACUUUCCCCGGAUCAUCCCAAGAGAGCACUCAUAAAGCAGGAGCUGGUGAACACAUUCUGUCUGGGCACUCAGCAGGGCGGUGGGCAGCCCGUCACGACUCUGAUCAAGCCCACGGCCCUUACAGGGAUGCUGGAAGUGCGCUUGAUGGGCUGCCAGGACCUUCUGGAAAGGGUGCCAGGCCGUUCCCGAGUGGCCAGCUCCAUGCCCAUCUUCGGGAGCCCCACUGAUUUGAAGCCCUUGACUCGGACGUGGGCUGGUGUGAACAUCCACGGCCGUGGGGCUGCCACAAAACACGUUCGGAAUGAGGAACUGGGCAGUGAAGUUCUUGCUCUGCUCAAGGUGGACAACAAAGUGGUCGGGCACACGAACUGGGGACCAGUGAACAACCAAGCUUGGGACCAAACCUUUAUCAUUGAACUGGAUCGAUCCCGGGAGCUGGAGAUCUCGGUAUAUUGGCGCGACUGGAGAGAACUGUGUGCAGUGAAAUACUUGCGCUUGGAUGACUUCCUCGAUAAUGAACGCCACGGCAUGUGCCUCUCCCUUGAACCUCAAGGGCUGCUUUUUGCAGAGGUAACAUUCAACAACCCUGUGAUUGAGAGGCGCUCCAAGCUGCAACGUCAGAAGCGCAUUUUUCCCAAACAAAAAGGGAAAGAGUUCCUCCGGGCCUCUCAGAUGAAUAUCAACAUUGCCACGUGGGGGCGUCUGAUGAUGAGUAUCUUACCACCUUGCAGUUCUCUGAACACCGUGAGCCCCCCUUUUCGGGCUUCCCCUCGCACGGGCCUGGCUUCCGUAGCCCCUUCCCAGAGCCAAACAGAACUGGUGUCUGCACUGGAUGGGACUUUGGAAGAAAGAUCUCCCCCAAACACGUCUCCCAAAUGCAGCGACUGCCCGGUGGCUAAACUGACCUUCGACGCUGAGCCACCUCCGAAGCCACCCCGCCUCUUCCUGCAGCCUUCUCCCCAAAAGUUGGAACAGCUUCCUGUAGCUUCUUUGUCUCUCAAAAAGCUACACCUCGACGAAAGACCUCUUGGCCGAGAAGCGGCUGGUCGGGCUUCUUUGAGGAAGAAAACCAUCCAACUCGAGGACUUCUGCUGUCUUGCCAUGCUGGGUCGGGGCCACUUUGGAAAGGUGUUGCUGGCGCAGCACAAGGCGACGGGCAAGCUGUAUGCCAUCAAAGCCCUGAAGAAGCAUGACAUCCUCAGCCGGGAUGAGAUGGACAGCUUGAAUUGCGAGAAGCGAAUCUUCGAAGUGGUCAAUUCUUCCGGCCACCCUUUCCUGGUGAACAUGUUUGCUUGCUUCCAGACCCCCAGUCACGCUUGUUUUGUGAUGGAAUACACCCCCGGGGGGGACCUCAUGAUGCGCAUUCAUUCCGACGUCUUUUCAGAGCACAUGACACGGUUCUACUCUGCUUGUGUGGUCUUGGGCCUCCAGUUCCUGCAUGACAAGAAGAUAAUUUAUAGGGACCUAAAGUUGGAUAAUCUGCUCUUAGAUGUGCGGGGCUUUGUGAAGAUUGCCGAUUUUGGACUUUGUAAGGAAGGAAUGGGCUUUGGCGACCGGACCAGCACCUUCUGCGGCACCCCGGAGUUUCUGGCUCCAGAAGUGCUGACAGAUCCCUCCUACACCCGGGCAGUGGACUGGUGGGGGCUGGGCGUGCUCAUUUUCGAGAUGCUGGUUGGUGAGUCUCCAUUCCCCGGUGACAAUGAAGAGGAGGUUUUUGACAGUAUUGUCAAUGAAGAUGUCCGUUACCCACGAUUCCUUUCUACAGAGACUAUCUCCAUAAUCCGAAAGCUCCUCCGGAAGUGUCCAGAGCGGCGCCUUGGAGCCGGAGCAUCAGAUGCCGAGGAGAUUAAGAUCCAGCCCUUUUUCAAGGAGAUCGAUUGGGAUGCCCUCUUUGCCAAGACCAUAAAGCCCCCGUUUGUGCCCACUUUGAAAGGUGCCACCGACAUCAGCAACUUCGACCAGGAGUUCACCUCCCAGAAGGCCGUCUUGACCCCACCCGAUGACCUCCCAGUCCUUACGCCAGAGCAGCAGGCCGUCUUCAAGGACUUCGAUUUUGUCUCCCGACACCUCUUAGAGGCCUGAUCUGGCAUGGCUGAAGGCCCCUCUCUUCUUUGCUGCUGGAGGAAAGACUCAGGCACUGGCUGGGUAUAAUGAAGUUUGCAAAAUGCUCAUGAAUGCACACGAAGGCUUGUUGGGAACAGAAUGACGUUUUCCAGCACAGAUGGGGAGAAAAUAUUUUUACCCGGAGAACUUUGCCUUCUGCACGGCCUCAAAGUAUUUUUACCUGGAGACCUUCACUUUCUGCACAACUUAGGCCAGCUCACUGUGCUCUGCUGGAAAGCGUAGGGCAAUUAAAAAACAUUGUUUGGAAACAAGGCUGCUGAUGCUGUGACAGCAUUGUGGCAGAAGCAGGAGUCCUCAGACCACCUCCUGCUACUGUUUGGUCCAAAGUAGAACUUUUGAAACUCUCUCCACAUGGUGUUCUAAAGCUUCUUGGAAGUUUGAUUUCGGACGAGGUGGCGAUAUUAAAGGGACAGGAAGCACAAUGGCACUGAAGUCUCCCCAAAAAUCCUCACCAUGUCCAAAGCCACCCAAAAUACCCCACCCACACACACACCUGUGUACAAACACAAGCAUCUUCAGGAAAGAUCUGGCAAGCUUUCUCAGAGAUAGACAGUUGGCAGGUCCAGAUGACGCUUGGCUUCGCUCUCCAAGCGUUGUGUUAGAUGAAGUCUACAAAAAAAGCUAGGAUGGCGGAGGAGCUGUUGAAUCGAAGGCUGCUCAUCUCUCCUCUGAUGGAAUGUUUUCAAGACAAAAAGGAGAGCUCUCGGGGCGAUUCCCAAGUGUGCAGUUGACUUAUGCGGCAGGCAGGACAGCUGUGCGUUGGGCUCCUGUUAAUGUUGGGCGCUGUGGAGUUGAAUGCGAUUUUUUGUUGUUGUCAGUGCUCAGAUGUUGGAGAGAAAGUCGCACCUAUGAACCUUUCACGUGCGCGUGGAAUGUCUGCUGCAAGUUUACAUUUGUAGAGAGAUUGUGAAUCAGCCCUGAGGCUUAGUCAGGGCAAAGACUCUCAAUCGUUGCUUAGUCAUAUAAUGGUUUUCUUAUGAAGAGUGUAUUAAAAUUUCACAGCUUUUGCUGCGAAAGCUGCUGCGUUUCCACUGCCUACCCAUCCUUUUGAUUAUUCUAGCACCCUUAAAUACCUUAUUAACACUCCCUAUUAUAUUUUUAAGGAUGUAUCCGUAUCCAGCACAUGGGUUUCUUCCCCAUUUUGUCAGUAAAGAUGUCACCGCAACGAACGUGCUUCAAUCAGACUUCUGUUUCCGUGCAAUUCCUUUACAGCUCGGGCUAUAUCUGUUUCAUAGGACAGGGAUGCUUUAUAUUAAAGAGAAAAUGAAAUGUUUGGUAAAUACCAACCUGGACAGGCAACGUCUGGUUUAGUAUCUCUGAGAGAUGCAUGCAACAUAUGCCUUCAGACGCCUUCUGUGAUUUGCUAUUUAAGAUUAAAUUGCUUUGAAUGUGAA